AAAACCUAGUAAAACCCUGGCUAUCUCCCUCAACCAACCGCUCUCUCUCUAUACCACCUACGGCGGCGCUUAGCACCGAGCCGCGCUUCUGCAAAUUGAAGAACUCUAGAAUCCGCAGCCGCGUUUCGGAGUUCAUUCAGCUUGUGUGAAAAUGGGGAAAAUUCAGUACAAGCGGCUGAAAGGCAGCCAGAACAUGAGGCUGCGCCUCCUCCUCUCGACGCUAUCAUCCACACCGAUUAUAAUCGAAGACAUACGAGCCGAGGAAACGCUUCCCGGCCUCCGCCCCUACGAGUUGUCGUUCCUCCGCCUCCUGGAGGAAGUUUCCGACGACUGCUCCGUCGAAAUCAACGAAACCGGUACGAAGUUCAAGUACAAGCCAGGGAUUGUGAUGGGCGGGAGGCAUUUGGUUCACGAUUGCGGCACGUUGAGGUCGAUUGGGUAUUUCUUGGAGCCACUGAUUGUGUUAGGUUUGUUUGGGAAGAAGCCCCUCACUAUUAAGCUUAAAGGUAUUACAAAUGAUUCCAAGGAUCCAUCUGUUGACACUUUCCAAAAAACUACACUACCUAUACUGAAGCAUUUUGGUGUACCUCCGGAAGGGCUUGAAUUGAAAAUCGUGAACCGGGGAGUUCCUCCUAAAGGUGGCGGAGAAGUUAUUCUUUCUGUUCCGAUUGUGAAAGAACUGCAAGCAGCUAUUUGGUUUGAUGAGGGCUUGGUGAGGAGGAUCAGAGGAUACUCCUUUUCAGCUAGAGUAUCGUCUCAGUUUGAGAAUGAAAUGCUGCAUAAAGCUCGUGGCAUUUUCAAUCGUUUGCUUCCAGAUGUUCACAUAUACACUGACCACAAAGCGGGAGCGCAAGCUGGACAGUCGCCUGGAUAUGGAAUUACUCUCGUUGCUGAGACUACAUCAGGCUGCUGCAUUUCUGCUGACACGGCAGUCUACCGUGGGGGAGAGGAGGAGGAUGAAUUUGAGGAGAAGAAAGAAUUGAGUCCUCCAGGAGACGUCGGUGAGAAGAUUGCAGCGGCCCUGCUGGCUGAGAUUGAGCAAGGGGGAGUUGUGGAUUCGACUCACCAGGGUUUAUUGUUUCUCCUUUGUGCAUUGUGCCCUCCCGAUGUGUCAAAGGUUCGUGUUGGGAAGCUCUCACCUUAUGGGAUAGAAGUUCUCAGGCAUAUCUCUGAUUUUCUUAAAGUGAAGUUUAAUAUUAAGCCUGAUCCUGCAACGAAUACGGUCAUUCUCAAGUGUGUUGGAUGCGGUCUCAAGAAUCUAUCGAGGAAGGCGUCCUGAGACGUCACCAUUUUUCUUUGCCAAGGUUGCCUGAAGUUAUUCCUUGUAUCAGAAUCACACAAUCAAUUACUGUGUCUUGUAGCAUUGCUAUAAUUUAAAUCAAAAUUUUGAUAAUUUUGUUCCUUCCA